AUGUCGGUUACUCUCCAUACAACCCAAGGCGACCUGAAAGUCGAGCUAUUUUGCGAAGCAGUUCCAGAGACUGCGGAGAACUUCCUCGCCCUUUGCGCAUGCGGUGCUUACGAUGAUACGCCAUUCCACCGUCUUAUCCCCGGUUUCAUGAUUCAGGGCGGAGACAUCUCCCUUGGCCCAGCCGCCCAGCCUUCAAUCUCCACUAAACCAAGUCUACCGUUCGAGAUUCCAAAGGGCGGCACAUCAAUCUUCCACCCAUCAGGAAUGAACCAGGAAAUCCACCUUCCAGCCCUGCGACAUAAUGCGCGAGGUAUUCUUUCAAUGGCCUCGCGCCCUGUCAAGGAUAGAACAGCACCGGGAUCUCAGAAUGCGACUGGUCCGACUGUCAACGGUAGUCAGUUCUUCAUCGCCUUUACAGCCGCCCCGCAUCUUGAUGGAGCUAGCACAGUCUUCGGGAAGGUCUUGAAUUUGAGUGCGCAGGAUGAGGGCGGGGAUGUCCUCUCAAAGCUAGAGCAGGCCAAUGCCAAGGUCGAUAAGAAAGGCAAGGUUUCUCAGCCCAAAGAGGACGAUGACUUCGAAGCCCUUCGCAUCAACAAAGUCACAAUUCAUGCAAACCCUUUCGCAAAGUGA